AUGUUUAUUCUCAGUUGUAUUUUAUUGAUUUCAACACUACUGCUGGCACAAUCGAUAAAGAAGAGUAGAUCGUGUGCAGGAGUAUCGUUGAAAACACAGAUUCUCUUUGCCAUAGUAUAUAGUAUCGGUUUCAUUGUCGAUACAUCGAGACUACUCGGCAAUGCAGAGUCAGACUAUUUAGAUCUACUGGACUACCUGGUCAAUCUGAAUUCACUGGGUGCCAUCUACUUUGUCAUCUAUCUCAUAGCGAUCAAAUACAAACAUAGCUACGACAGAAAUCACGAUAGUUUCAGAAUAUCAUUCAUAAUAAUACCUUCAUUCCUACUAUCCUUAUUAUUCUUUAAUGGUGACAACGGAGAGGAUAGUAGCUAUUUAUUAGAGAUAUUAUCAACAUUUUCAUAUAUAUUAAAUUGUUUUGCGAUAUUACCACAAUAUAUUCAAUUAAAGAGAACGGGUGACAUUGAUACACUGACACCAAACUACAUUGUUACACUGACAGUCUAUAGAGUAUUCAAUUGGACAUCACUACCUUCUCUACCACUAUUAAUAAUCCGUAUUGCACAGAUAGCAUUCGAUAUUCUGAAUUUGUAUCAAUUCUUUAAGAUUCCAAAUUAUACAAUUAGUUUAAGUUAG